AUGCAUCGUCUUUUUGCUGAGCUGGAGCCAUCUAUAACCGACACAGAGCACAACCUGGCAGACCAAGUUCAAAUAUAUUUGAUGUCGCCGAACUCGAACGGCCAGGACUUGAGGCUGUUCCCUCAUCGUAUGAAAAUGCUACGGCUGAGGAUGCGGCGCCACAAAUUACAGAGCAACCCGCAAACUUUGAUGCUGCCGUGA